AUGUCAACAGAAACAGAAACUACAGAAGCAGUAGCUUCAUCCAUUAUUAGUGUGGAUGAACUUCAAAACUAUGGCAUCAACGCUGCCGAUUUACAGAAAUUGAAAGGAGCUGGAAUAUACAGCGUCAAUACUGUCCUUUCCACAACAAGACGCAACUUAUUGAAGAUCAAGGGUUUGAGUGAGGUAAAAGUGGAAAAAGUGAAAGAAGCUGCCGGGAAAAUCAUUCAAGUGGGAUUCAUUCCGGCCACCAUCCAAGCAGAUAUCAGGAGGCGUGUAUUCGCUAUUUCGACUGGGUCGAAACAACUCGAUAGCGUACUAGGAGGUGGAAUUAUGACUAUGAGUAUCACUGAAGUUUUUGGUGAGUUUAGAUGUGGUAAAACGCAAAUGUCCCAUACAAUGUGCGUUACAGCUCAGCUGCCUCGCGAGCUCGGCGGCGGAGAGGGAAGGGUUGCUUAUAUCGACACAGAGGGUACUUUCAGACCCGAAAGAAUAAAACAGAUUGCUUCAAGAUAUGAUUUAGACCCUGAGGUUUGUCUAGAAAAUGUGUCUUACGCACGGGCACUCAAUAGUGAGCACCAAAUGGAGCUUUUAGAGCAACUAGGGGCAGAAUUAUCAUCGGGUGAGUAUCGGUUGUUAAUUGUGGACUCGAUUAUGGCAAACUUCAGGGUUGACUAUUGCGGGCGAGGUGAGCUGAACGAACGUCAGCAAAAACUGAAUCAACACCUAUCCCGAUUGAAUAGGAUCGCAGAAGAAUACAAUGUGGCCGUUUUCAUGACCAAUCAAGUCCAGUCUGAUCCAGGUGCAUCUGCCCUAUUUGCUGGUGCCGAUGGCAGGAAGCCGGUCGGAGGGCAUGUCUUGGCGCAUGCCAGUGCUACUCGUAUUUUGCUAAGAAAGGGAAGAGGUGAUGAAAGAGUCGCAAAACUCCAGGAUAGCCCUGAUAUGCCAGAAAGAGAGUGCGUGUACACUAUCGGUGAGCAAGGUAUUACGGAUGCCAACGACUGA